UGUCACGAUCAUCCAUGUUGCAGUAAGUAUAACAGUAGUGCUGUUUAUCUUGGGCACUAUUGUUGCUUUGUUCGUUAUGAAAAAAAUUAAAAAGGAGACAAGGAAGGAAGAUCAAUUACAUGACCUGGUGACACUAGACGGAUAUACGGAAACUUACGAGCUCGAAUGUGGAGGAGCUAAAAAUCAUCAUGAUCUUAGAAUGUUUACUUAUGCAUCUAUCCAAUCUGCCACGAACAAUUUUUCCUCGGACUAUAAAUUGGGACAGGGUGGUUUUGGCCCGGUUUAUAAGGCAAAAACAUCAGAAGGUCGAGAUAUAGCAGUAAAACUUCUUUCUCGACAAUCUGGACAAGGACUGCUCGAGUUCAAGACCGAGCUUAUACUCAUUUCUAAACUGCAGCAUGUGAACCUUGUCAAGCUUCUUGGUUUCUGCCUUCAUGGAGACAACAAAAUGAUAAUCUACGACUACAUGCCUAACAAGAGUCUCGAUUUCUUUCUCUUCAAACCUUCUAACAGGGAGCACUUGAGUUGGCAGCAGCAAUUCAACAUCAUCGAGGGCAUUGCUCAAGGACUAUUAUACCUUCACAAGCACUCCCGACUCAAGAUAAUUCACCGAGACUUGAAACCAAGUAACAUAUUACUUGACGAAGAUAUGAACCCCAAGAUUUCUGAUUUCGGUCUUGCUAGAAUCUUUAAGCUAUACGUGAGUGAAGCGAACACGACCAGGCGUGCUGGGACAUAG